AUGGAUACCCCUGCCCCCGACGAAGACAGACACCGUAAGAGACUUCUGGAAUGCUUCUCCUCCGACAGUGACCACGAAGACUCCAUGCCGGCUCGUUGCUGGUACGAGAGCGUGAACGAUCGUGUUGCAAAAGGCUUCCAGGGCCUGAACAUUUACAUCCUCUCGAUCGAUCAGCUGGCCUUGAUCAACCGUCUCAGCGAGGACAAGCUGUUCCUCGUCCUAGAAGACUGCUGCCAUCAAGGACAAGCAGUUUGCUUUGCACAGGCAGCCAAUAUGUCUGCUCUGCAAAGCAAACUGGUUGCCCAAAAUCAUACAAAGUCUGCUCUACAGAACGGAAUUGUCGCCCGCGAAGCCGAGAUUUCGGCUCGGGACGCCACCAUCGCAACUCAUUAUGACAAAAUCGUUGCUCAGAAGGACAUGAUCUCUGAACAGAGAGACAUGAUCUCCUCCCUAGAUGACACUAUAGCUUCUCUGAGGGAGAAGAUUGGGGUCCUGCAAGUCAAGGAGAACGCAAGAAAGUCGGGCUCUUCGUGGUUCAAGUGA